AUGUCCGGUCAGCAGUGCCUCCGCCGCCUACCAGCUGCUAUGCGCUCUGUGCGAGCUUUGCGCGCCGCACCAAGGACCAUUCCAGCUGCGCGCACCUACUCUGCCGUCGCCAAGGCAAACUCGUCCGGUCUUCUGGGUCAGUCUUCAAGACGACCUGGACAGCUCUCUUCGCAGCGUCUAUGGACCCUCGAACAGACACGAAACUAUGCCGAUACCGUCGUCAAGGUGCCAGAAAUGGCCGAGUCUAUCACUGAGGGAACCCUGAAGCAAUGGUCAAAACAGGUCGGCGACUACGUUGAGCAGGACGAAGAAAUCGCUACCAUUGAAACCGACAAGAUCGACGUUGCCGUAAAUGCGCCCGAGGCUGGUACCAUCAAGGAAUUCCUGGUCAAUGAGGAGGACACCGUUACGGUUGGACAAGAAAUCGUAAGGCUAGAGGCCGGUGGGGAGGCACCAGCGAAGACAGAGGCCAAGGAUGAGCCAAAGGAGCCGGCUUCCUCGGAGCAGGAGACUUCAUCGCAACCUGAAGGUCAACAAGAGAAGUCUGAGGCGCCAAAGGAGGAGUCAAAACCUGAGCCUCCCAAGCAAGAAGAGAAGCCCCAGCCCACUAAGGAAUCCAAGCCUCAGCCGAAGAAGGAGUCCAAGCCUCAGGAUGAGCCCAAGCCGGCCACGCCUGGUAGCCGCGAGGAGCGUCGCGUCAAGAUGAACCGCAUGCGUCUCCGCAUCGCCGAGCGCUUGAAGCAGUCGCAAAACACCGCCGCCUCGCUGACAACUUUCAACGAAGUCGACAUGACCUCUAUCAUGGAGUUCCGCAAGUUGUACAAAGACGAGAUCCUCAAGAACAAGGGCGUCAAGCUCGGUUUCAUGUCCGCCUUCUCGCGCGCCUGCAUCCUCGCCGCACGCGAUGUACCCGCUGUCAACGCCUCCAUAGAAGGACCAGACGGUGGCGACACCAUCGUCUACCGCGACUACGUCGACAUCUCUGUUGCCGUUGCUACCGAGAAGGGCUUGGUUACACCUGUUGUCAGGAAUGCGGAAAGCUUGGACAUGGUCGGCAUCGAGAAGGCCAUUGCCGACUUGGGCAAGAAGGCUCGCGACAACAAGCUCACUAUCGAAGAUAUGGCUGGUGGUACCUUCACCAUCUCCAACGGCGGUGUCUUUGGCAGUUUGAUGGGCACUCCCAUCAUCAACCUUCCCCAGACCGCUGUCUUGGGUCUACACGCCAUCAAGGAGAAGCCAGUUGCGAUCAACGGAAAGGUAGAGAUCCGACCCAUGAUGUAUCUUGCGCUCACAUACGACCACCGACUGCUCGACGGCAGGGAAGCCGUUACCUUCUUGGUAAAGGUCAAGGAGUACAUUGAGGACCCAAGGAAGAUGCUUUUGUAGGCGUUUAGUAGGGCUUUUCUUGCUUCUUGUCCAUGUUCAAGUAGGGCUUGGUUGAGGAGGUGUGCUGGGGGCUAGGUAGUAAAAUAGAUGUGGGUGGUCCACUUGAAUGAGAUAACUGUACAUGCAUA